AUGCGUUUUUCAACUGCCGUUUCAGCCGUUGCGUCUGUCGUGAGUUUGUCCAGUGGAGUAUUGGCCGCUGCUCCUCCAGCUUGUCUGCUGGCUUGUGUAGCACAGGUUUCGAAACAAUCGAGCUGUGACGGGCUAAACAACGUGAGCUGUUUGUGUGAAAAUGAUAACGGGAGUCUAAAGAGCUGUUUGAGCUCUGUUUGUCCCGACGGUGACGCGGAUUCUGCUUAUUCGGCAUUCAAGGGUUCUUGUUCCGAGCAAAACGCUUCUGUUGGCUCUUCUUCCAGUUCUGCCUCCAGUUCUGCCUCCAGUUCUGCCUCCAGUUCUGCGUCCAGUUCUGCGUCCAGUUCUGCUUCCAGUUCUGCUGCUUCAUCCUCGAGCUCUGCUUCUAGCUCUGCUUCUAGUUCUGUUUCAAGCUCUGUUUCAAGCUCUGCCUCCAGCUCUGCUGCCCCAUCUUCCAGCUCUGCUGCCCCAUCUUCCAGCUCUGCCUCAAGCUCUGCCUCCAGCUCUGCUGCUCCAUCUUCCAGCUCUGCCUCAAGCUCUGCCUCCAGCUCUGCUGCUCCAUCUUCCAGCUCUGCUGCCCCAUCUUCCAGCUCUGCUGCCCCAUCUUCCAGCUCUGCUGCCCCAUCUUCCAGCUCUGCUGCCCCAUCUUCCAUCUCGAUCUCCUCUCAAAGCUCUUCCUCCUCUUCCUCCUCUUCCUACUCCAUCUCAAUUCAAAGCGCUGGUGCUAACAUGCUUGAAGUUGGAUCUGGUCUAGCUGGUGGUUUGGUUAUUGCCGGUAUGCUAUUGUAA